CGUUUGUUUGUUUUUUAUUAUUUACGCACACCCCCUCCAAAAUCAGUCAUUUUCACCGCACGCAACAAUCGCCCCCCAUAUAUACAGACAAACGUUCUCUUCUAUACGCACUUUUCGUUUCCAGAUAAUACGUUUCUCCCUCUCUCUCUCUUUCUGUCUGUGUGAGUUCUGUACCUUCAGCAAUGGCUGCCGCGACUCUGAACGCUGCUGAUACGGAGAAGCUCAACAAGCUCAAAUCUGCUGUCGAUGGACUCAACCAAAUCAGUGAGAAUGAGAAAAAAGGAUGCAUCAACCUCGUCGCUCGCUAUCUCAGUGGCGAAGCGCAACAUGUGGAAUGGAGUAAGAUCCAGACGCCUACUGAUGAAAUAGUGGUUCCUUAUGAGAGCCUGGCACCCACUACCGAUGAUCCCGUGGAGACGAAGAAGCUGUUGGACAAACUUGUUGUCCUAAAGCUUAAUGGAGGUUUGGGGACAACUAUGGGUUGUACUGGUCCCAAGUCUGUCAUUGAAGUUCGGAAUGGGUUGACAUUUCUUGACUUGAUUGUUAUCCAGAUUGAGAAUCUCAAUUCAAAAUACGGGUGCAAUGUUCCCUUGCUUCUAAUGAACUCUUUCAACACUCAUGAUGAUACAUUGAAGAUCGUGGAAAGAUACUCUAGCUCAAAUGUUGAAAUUCAUACUUUUAAUCAGAGCCAGUAUCCUCGUCUCGUUGUUGAAGACUUUAGUCCACUGCCAAGCAAAGGACAGACUGGCAAAGAUGGAUGGUAUCCUCCUGGCCAUGGUGAUGUAUUCCCAUCCUUGAAGAACAGUGGCAAACUUGAUGCACUGUUAUCAAAGGGUAAGGAGUAUGUUUUUAUCGCCAACUCAGAUAACUUGGGUGCUGUUGUUGACUUGAAAAUCUUAAAUCAUUUGGUCCACAACAAGAAUGAAUACUGCAUGGAAGUGACACCCAAAACCUUGGCCGAUGUGAAGGGUGGUACUCUCAUUUCUUAUGAAGGAAGGGUUCAGCUACUGGAAAUAGCACAGGUUCCUGAUGAUCAUGUCAAUGAAUUCAAGUCAAUAGAGAAGUUCAAAAUUUUCAACACAAACAAUUUGUGGGUAAACUUGAAGGCAAUUAAGAGGCUUGUGGAAACUGAUGCAUUAAAGAUGGAGAUCAUACCAAACCCAAAGGAAGUGGAUGGAAUCAAAGUUCUUCAGCUGGAAACUGCAGCUGGUGCAGCAAUUAAGUUCUUUGAUAAUGCCAUUGGUAUCAAUGUACCUCGAUCUCGGUUCCUUCCAGUGAAGGCAACUUCGGAUUUGCUUCUUGUCCAGUCUGAUCUCUAUACAUUAGAAGAUGGCUUUGUUACCCGAAAUGAAGCUAGGAAAAAUCCUGCAAAUCCUUCCAUUGAAUUGGGGCCUGAAUUUAAGAAGGUUGGCAACUUCCUGAGUCGAUUCAAGUCUAUACCUAGUAUCAUUGAGCUUGACAGCCUUAAAGUGGCCGGUGAUGUAUGGUUUGGUACUGGUGUUACUCUCAAGGGGAAAGUGAAUAUUAUAGCAAAACCUGGGGUGACGUUAGAAAUACCUGAUGGAGCUGUACUUGGAAACAAGGAAAUCAAUGGCCCUGAGGAUCUCUAAGCAAGUUGCUUUGAAAAGUAUUGGAGAGUGUGCUCUUCACGCAGACCUUUUUUUUUUUUUUUUUUUUUGGUGCAAUGCUCUUUGUACUCUGAUAAGUAAAAUACAAGCUCAGUUUUGUUUGCAGUGUUUUUAAAUGUGGAAGGCCUUUGGGCAGGUUAUAACUUACCCUUUUGUUUUAUGAAUGAAAAUUUGAUGGGAAGUUUAGAAGUAAAGCGAAAAUAUAUAUAUAUUUUCUUUUUUUAAAGAA